CAUUUUCCCUGCUCGACGGCUUGGCUUUAGGUUGUUUGACUGACUGGAUUGGAUCGGACCGAACUGAACCCGACAAGAUGACGCAGGACGCCUCGUCAUCGUUUGACAUUGUGUCGGCCUACCAUGAGCUCCUCGCCUCGUCGCCGUCGACGCCGAUGCCGAUCGCAUCAAUCUUUGCGCUGUGCGAUGUCAUCACCCACAUACCCAGCAACACCACCUCGGAGCUCAUUGCGCUCAUCAACACCCACUCGUCGCGCCUCAAGGCCGCACUGCCCAAUCCCGUGCCUGCCACGGCGGGGCUGGACCUCUUUAAGCGGCUCGUCGUGACGAUGCAGUGGGAUGCCUCGGCCGACUUUGGUGUGCAGAAGCAGACGCUCGUCGACCUCGCGCGCGAGUUUGCCGAAAAGACGGUGCCGAGCUGCCGCGAAAAGAUUGUGGACCUCUCCAUGGCUUUUAUCAAGGACGAUGCCGUCGUCCUCACCCACUCGUACUCGCGCGUCGUCAUGCAGAUCCUGCUGGCCGCGGCCCGGCGCGGCAACAGCAUCAGCGUCAUUGUCACUGAGUCCAGGCCGAGCGGGCUCGGUCUCAAGACGUACGACGAGCUGACAAGCGCGGGAAUACCCACGACAGUCAUUGGCGAUGCAGCGACAGCAUACAUGGGCGAAAGGAUCGACCUCGUCCUCGUCGGCGCAGAGGGCGUGUGCGAGAGCGGUGGCCUGCUCAAUUGCAUCGGCACCCUCAACCUUGCCCUCGUCGCCAAGGCCUACCGGAAACCGUUUUACGCAGCCGCAGAGAGCUACAAGUUCUUGCGGAUCUUUCCGCUAUCGCAAUUUGACCUGCCCACAUCCUCUGCAUCACCGUUGCAUGCCUCGACGGCGAGACAAGACGCGACGCCUACGCUCUCAUCUUCAGCAAGCGCAAUGGACGAGGAUCCCGGCAAAGACAGACUCCGAGGGACCAGACUCAUGACGAGAGAGAUGGAGGAAAAGAAUCCCGCCGUGGAUUACACAUCACCAGACCUCGUCACCUUUCUCUUUAGCGAUGUCGGCGUGCUCACUCCCUCGGGCGUAGGCGACGCAUUAUUGGCCGUGUACGGCGGCAACGCAGACUAAAAUCAUUCUAAUGCAACAUCACUUUCAUUUCCACCUUUCCAUCCAUCAUCACGGCUACAUUAUUGACUUGAAAGACCUAC